AUGGCAACCGCGGGCAGCGGGCCGAGGCGGGCCCGGCGGCGGGUGCGGGCCCUCGCGGCUGCCAGAGGCCCAGGCGCUGCCACUCGAGGGGCCUCAGACCCGGAGAGCGCGGCGCGGCGCAGAGCUUCUCCUUGUGAGGCAGAACUCCAGGAAUUGAUGGAGCAAAUUGACAUCAUGGUAAACAACAAAAAAUUGGACUGGGAAAGGAAGAUGCGGGCUCUGGAGACACGAUUAGAUCUUCGGGAUCAAGAGUUGGCAAAUGCACAGACGUGUCUGGAACAGAAAGGUCAAGAGGUGGGGUUACUUCGACAGAAGUUGGACAGUUUGGAAAAAUGUAACUUAGCAAUGACUCAAAAUUAUGAAGGACAACUACAAACCCUGAAAGCUCAAUUUUCCAAACUAACUAAUAGCUUUGAAAAACUGAGAUUACACCAGAUGAAACAAAAUAAAUUUCGACGAAAAGAAGUACCACACCUCAAAGAAGAAAUGCCCUUUGAACUGAACAAUUUGAACCAGAAAUUAGAGGAAUUUAGAGCAAAGUCAAGAGAAUGGGACAAGCAAGAGAUACUGUAUCAGACUCAUCUGGUAUCUUUAGAUGCUCAACAAAAAAUAUUAUCUGAGAAGUGUAAUCAAUUUCAGAAACAGGCACAAAGUUACCACACACAGCUAAAUGGUAAGAAACAGAGCAUAGAAGACAGCAGCCCUGAAAUUCCGCGGCUGGUAUGUGAACCGGAUUCCACUUGUGAAACCAGUGAAAGAGAUGAAUUCAUUAUUGAAAAAUUAAAAUCAGCUGUGAGUGAAAUAGCACUAAGCAGGAAUAAAUUACAAGAUGAAAAUCAGAAGCUCUUACAAGAACUGAAAAUGUACCAAAGACAGUGCCAGGCCAUGGAAGCAGGACUCUCAGAAGUGAAAAGUGAGUUACAGUCACGUGAUGAUCUCUUGAGAAUUAUAGAAAUGGAACGAUUGCAGUUGCACAGAGAACUGUUAAAACUAGGAGAGUCCCAAAGUACUCAAGAAAACAAGAAAAGACUUGAAUCAUCUUAUUCACCAUCUAUUAAAGAAUCAGAAAAAAAAAGGAAAGAGCUAUUUUCGGUGACCCCAGAUCAAUCAGAUCAUGAAAAAGAGUUGGACAAGAUAAGAAGUCAUCUCUAUCAGGAGGAAGAGUACCACAGCUCUGAGCAGGAAAGAAUGAGGAAUGAAAUCUCUGACCUGACACAGGAGCUUCAUCAGAAGGAGAUCACUAUAGCAACUGUCAUGAAGAAAGCUGCCCUUCUGGAAAGACAGUUAAAAAUGGAGUUAGAGAUAAAAGAGAAAAUGCUAUCGAAACAACAGAUGUUGGAUACGAGGUACAAAGCUGUCAGGACGGAAAACACACACCUGAAAGGCAUGAUGGGAGACCUGGACCCCGGACGGUACAUGACAAGUGGAAUUACUGAUAUAAAGAGUGUAGACUUCACUAACAGGGAACAUUCAAGGCAUACAUCUAUUAACAAACUGGAAUACGAGAAUGAAAGGCUCCGAAAUGAUCUUGCAAAACUUCAUGCCAGUGGAAAAUCAACAUGGGCUAAUCAGAAUACCUAUGAAGAAGCAGGAAGAUUUAACCACGAUCGUGAGCCAAACAGAAGUGCAACACCUCCAUUGCCAUCUUUGCCAUUUCAAACCAAAGAAAUAACCAGUCCUUUGGUUAGUGAUGAUGAGGUAUUCCCCAUGUCUCCCCCAGAUACGUCCUUCCCGGCUUCUCUGGCCACACAGCAUUUCCUUCUGGAGGAGGAGAAGCGAGCAAAAGAACUUGAAAAACUUCUCAAUACACAUAUUGAUGAACUGCAAAGACACACAGAAUUUACUCUUAAUAAAUACACCAAGCUAAAACACAGUAGACACAUAUGA